CAGGGAAAAAUAAUGCACGGGCUUCCUGAGGCCCUGCGGAGACUGGCCAGGGAGAGGCGACCAAGCACAGGAGGGACCCCGGCCGGGACCAGCAGCGGACAGGCCAGGGCAGCCAGGUCCUAAAUGGCAUUGUUUGAAGGGGCCGGCUAAUUUCACAGAGCAGCCUGGGCCUCAGACCCAAGCCCAGCUGUCCCUGUGUCCUGGGUGCAUUGGCCACAUGGAACCCAGCCCUGAGCCUCCGAGUUUGGAAACAAUGAAGGGAGACACCAGACACCUCAAUGGAGAGGAAGACGCCAGCGGGAGGGAAGACUCUGCCAUCGUCAACGGGGCCUGCAGCGACCAGUCCUCGGACUCCAAGGACGCCCCCUCACCCCCCAUCUUGGAGGCUAUCCGCACCCCGGAGAUCAGAGGCCGCCGAUCAAGUUCACGACUGUCCAAGAGGGAAGUGUCCAGCCUGCUGAGUUACACUCAGGACCUGACGGGUGAUGGAGAUGAAGGCGAAGAUGGAGAUGGAUCCGACACACUUGCAAUGCCUAAGCUGUUCCGGGAAACCAGAACUCGCUCUGAAAGCCCAGCAGUUCGCACCCGAAAUAACAACAGUUCUUCCAGCUGGGAGAGGUAUAGGCCCUCCCCACGGUCUACCCGUUCCACCCGAGGCCGGCAGGGCCGCAAUCACGUAGAAGAAUCCCCCGUGGAGUUCCCGGCUACCAGGUCUCUGAGACGGAGGGCCACAGCCUCCGGAGGAACUCCAUGGCUGUCCCCUGCCAGUCCUUACCUCACCAUUGACCUCACGGAUGAUGAUGUGACACCUCAGAGCAGCAGUACUCCAUAUCCUGGCCUUGUGCCGGACAGCCAACUGGACAGCUUGGAAUCCUCCCAGAUGGACACAGAGAGGGAUGCGGAUGGUCCAGAGUAUCAGGAUGGGAAGGAGUUUGGAAUAGGAGACCUCGUGUGGGGCAAGAUCAAGGGCUUCUCCUGGUGGCCAGCUAUGGUAGUGUCCUGGAAGAGCACCUCGAAGCGCCAGGCCAUGUCCGGCAUGCGAUGGGUACAGUGGUUUGGCGAUGGCAAAUUCUCAGAGGUUUCUGCGGAUAAGCUCGUCGCAUUGGGAUUGUUCAGCCAGCACUUCAAUCUUGCGACUUUCAAUAAGCUGGUUUCCUAUAGGAAGGCCAUGUUCCAGGCUCUUGAGAAAGCCAGGGUCCGUGCUGGCAAGACCUUUUCCACCAGCCCCGGGGACUCUCUGGAGGACCAGCUGAAGCCCAUGUUGGAGUGGGCCCACGGGGGAUUCAAGCCCACUGGUGAGGAAGGCCUCAAGCCUGACAACAGCAAGCAACCAGAGAGUAAGAGUCGGAGACGGACAGCUGAUGACUCCACGGCCUCAGACUAUUGCCCCCCGCCCAAGCGCCUCAAGACCAAUUGUUACAACAAUGGCAAGGAUCGGGGAGAGGAGGACCAGACCCGAGAACAAAUGGCUGCAGAUGUGACCAACAACAAGGGCAGCCUGGAAGACAGCUGCUUGUCCUGCGGAAGAAAGAACCCUGUGUCCUUCCACCCGCUGUUUGAGGGUGGUCUCUGCCAGAUUUGCCGGGAUCGCUUCCUUGAGCUAUUCUACAUGUACGAUGACGAUGGCUAUCAGUCCUACUGCACCGUGUGCUGUGAGGGCCGCGAGCUGCUACUGUGCAGCAACACGAGCUGCUGUCGGUGCUUCUGUGUGGAGUGUCUGGAGGUGCUGGUGGGAACUGGCACGGCAGCGGAUGCCAAGUUGCAAGAGCCCUGGAGCUGCUACAUGUGCCUCCCACAGCGGUGCCAUGGCGUCCUGCGCCGGCGGAAGGACUGGAACAUGCGUCUACAGACAUUCUUCACCAGCGACAUGGGGCACGAAUAUGAAGCCCCCAAGCUGUACCCUGCAAUUCCUGCAGCCAAGCGGCGGCCUAUUCGAGUCCUGUCCUUGUUUGAUGGCAUUGCAACAGGGUACUUGGUCCUCAAGGAGCUGGGCAUCAAGGUGGAGAAGUACAUCGCUUCGGAGGUGUGUGAGGAAUCCAUUGCCGUCGGAACUGUUAAGCAUGAGGGAAUUAUCAAAUAUGUGAAUGACGUCAGGAACAUCACCAAGAAAAAUAUUGAGGAGUGGGGCCCCUUCGACUUGGUGAUUGGUGGGAGUCCGUGCAACGAUCUCUCCAAUGUGAAUCCUGCCCGGAAAGGCCUGUAUGAGGGCACAGGCCGCCUCUUCUUUGAAUUCUACCACCUGCUGAAUUACACGCGGCCUAAGGAGGGGGACGACCGGCCAUUCUUCUGGAUGUUUGAGAAUGUUGUAGCCAUGAAGGUUGGCGACAAGAGGGACAUCUCGAGAUUCCUCGAGUGCAAUCCAGUAAUGAUUGAUGCCAUCAAAGUAUCUGCUGCUCACAGGGCCCGAUACUUCUGGGGCAACCUACCUGGGAUGAACAGGCCUGUGAUAGCAUCCAAGAACGAUAAGCUCGAGCUGCAGGACUGCUUGGAAUUCAAUAGGAUAGCGAAGUUAAAGAAAGUACAGACAAUAACCACCAAGUCGAACUCGAUCAGACAGGGGAAAAACCAACUUUUCCCUGUUGUCAUGAAUGGCAAAGAAGAUGUUUUGUGGUGCACUGAGCUCGAAAGGAUCUUCGGUUUUCCCGUACACUACACGGACGUGUCCAAUAUGGGCCGUGGAGCCCGCCAGAAGCUGCUCGGGAGGUCCUGGAGUGUGCCUGUCAUCCGACACCUCUUCGCCCCACUGAAGGACUACUUUGCCUGUGAAUAGUCCCCUCCCAGGCCUGUUGGGCCCUAGGGUGUGCCAAGCCAGGACCAGGAGAAGUCAUUCCUGACCCCAGGCACCCCCAGGCUCUGCCCUUGCUCAGCUCAGCUGGGUGGGGUCUCACCCAAGGACCUCUGAGCCAACUGACCCUGUCUCUUACAGGAGGAUCUUAUGGUGCCACCUCCUUGUGCACAACUCAGACCUGGUUGCUAAAAGCAGCCAAACACGGUGCUCAUUUUUUACUUCCCAACCUUAAACAAGAAAAACUUGAAGUAGGUAGAAAGAUGACAUUUCUCCCUCAUCUUGGGAUACUGCUCAGAGAAAUGGCUAAGAUACCAAAAUCAUCACGCCAGCAGCUUUCCAGUACUCGGGUUGCUGCUGGCAAAUCAUCCAAAAGACAGCUAUGAUAAAAGGAAUAAAAAAAUGCCUGCCCCUCCAGGGUAUAGGAGUGUGCAGCUGUAGACAUGUAGUGAAGGGACUUUUAAGGGCCCGCGAUGUUUUUUCUAGGGCUAGUGGGAGUGGGAUGGAUGUGUACGUUCUGGAAUUUUAUGUGGCACAUAACACUUGCAAGGCCCAGCAAGCUCUGGAGGCUGCUGAUGGAGCCUUUAGUAUUUCCCACAAUGAUGAUGUCAACAGGGAUGAUGUCAUCGUCACUUUCAGGGCUGUUUUUCUCCCCCACAGAUCCAAGGGCCUGGGCCACCCUUAUCUCUAGAUCCUUCCGGGUUAAGUGUAGGAGAAGCCUCAGGGGAAGUUUAUUUAGGAAGGUGUGGGCUUUGUUCCCUUAUUAUGUAGCCAAGUCCAGCUGUCCCCUUCUUCCCAUGUGAGAAGCGUGGAGGAGGGACCUUUGGUAAGACCCCCAUCUCCAGAAGAUGCCCCCUCCCCAACACAGGUGCAAGCCGCCAUUCCCCCCAACCCCAGUAGGAUUUCUUGACUACUAACUCGGUUAUCAUUUUAUCAGUUUCUCCUUCAUCUAAGAGAUGACUGGGGAAAUUGCAAUAGAAGCU